GCACUCCACUCAUAGUCCCUCAACUUGUCAGUAGUCAAAAUGCGCUGGCUGUGUGCGGUAGUAUUGGCAACGCUUGCCCAUUCAGUUCCGGUCCGUGCCGAAUGGUUCGAUUCCUGCGAUCGACAGUUUCAACUCACCAGCGUGGCAGAUGUCACGCUAAACUCACCCUUCUAUCCCUCUAACUAUCCCGCCGGAAGCUCGUGCCGGUUUGUGGUACGUGCCCCACCGGGCUACACGAUACAGGCCACGUGUACGCUUAACAUGGCCAAUCCAACGGCCGCCUGUACGACGGACUUUCUGUACGUGUCAACGGAAGGCUUUGCCUCACCGGUGGGCAGCGAGUUCUUCUGCGGCAAGGGACAGAUCGCGCGCAAGUCGCUGUUCAACAAGCUGACGAUCUCGUACAUUUCGUCCAGCUCGACGAACUCGGGCUCGUUCACGUGCCGGUUGGUGGUGCAGCCGCAGGAGUGUGACUGUGGGUGGUCGCGUACGGCCAAAAUCGUGGGUGGUAGUGUGGCCGGUGUUAAUGAGUACACUGCGAUGGUGGGACUGUUGGAUCCGCUAACGGUGAACGUGUUCUGCUCCGGAGCAAUCAUAAGCUCACGCUACGUUCUUACUGCCGCACACUGUGCCCGCACCAUUCCGAGCGUGAGCCGCGUGCAGGCUCUCGUCGGUGAUCAUGACUAUCGUUCCGGGUUGGAUACACCGUACUCGGCGAUCUACAACAUCGAGCAGAUCAUCUCGCACGAGUACUACAAUGAGCAGACGCGCAACAAUGACAUUGCGCUGCUGAAAACUUCCACCGAGAUGGACUUUAACCGGGGUGUAGGCCCCAUCUGUUUACCCUUCACGUACAGUACGUACAGCUUUGGCGGGCUUUCGGUCGACAUUGCCGGCUGGGGCACGACGAGCUUCGGUGGACCGAUGUCGUCGAUACUGCGCAAGACCACCCUCAAUGUGCUGCAGAACGCGAACUGUACCGCGCCGUAUGUGAACGAUCAGAAGAUCUGCACGUUUGCCGUGGGCCGUGACUCCUGCCAGUACGAUUCUGGCGGCGCACUGUUCCUGCGGGGCAGCCAGCGCAUGUACUCGAUCGGUAUCAUUAGCUACGGGUCGGCCUGUGCUGCCUCGACACCGUCCGUAGCAACGCGCGUCACGGCCUACCUAAGCUGGAUCCGUCAGAAUACACCGGAAGUUUCGUACUGUGCGAAAUGAAAUUGAA